GUUUUCGGAAUUGGAACUAAAAAACCCCUCAAAUUAGGAGAGAGAGAGAGAGAGAGAGAGAGAGAGAGAGGGAGAGGGAGAGGGAAAUGCCGAGGAUAUCGAGUGUGUUGCGGAAGGGUCGCAAAGCUAUUCAAGAGUUGGAUCUCCUCAAAGUCUUACAGUCCGAAAUCAGGCACGAAGACUCCUCUAAUCCUUUCCAGGAUAGCAAAAGUGCUUCUUUGGGAGAUUUUAAAUUGGAUUGGGACUCACCACAUUCCCAAGAUGUGGUUUUGCGUAAGAAAUGUGAGUCAGGUGAGGAGGUUGCUGUUUCAGCUUUGCUGGGUCCUAGAACCUAUGGAGAAGAGGAUGCAGAAGACAAAGAGAGUAUCUUUCCUAGAGAAGCUUUAAUGAAAGUAUGCAUUAAGAAGCCCGGAUUGAGCUCCAUCUUGCAGUUUGAUUGUGGCGUAUCUGGUAGCAACGUUGGGGAUUGGUCUUCGGUUUAUAUCAACAGUCUUCAUUAUCUCCCAUCGACUUCUCUGGAUUGUUCUAUCUACAAGAGCCCCUCUUACAGACACGAAGAACUGGACCCUGAUUUGCGAAUAGAGAUCAAGACUUAUCUCGAGUCGAAGGGGAUCGAGGAGAGCCUUACCAACUUCCUCCUCCUCCACUUGCACCGGAAGGAGCAAGGUCAGUAUGUACACUGGCUUCGCAAAUUGGAAGAGAUGGUGACACAAGGUGAUGAUGGUCAGACAAAUGCCGGAUUAGAUGUUACUUAAAUUCAUCCUCUAUUGCGCACAAAACUAAUCUUUGUUGCACUCUGAGAACGUUGUUAAUUAAGUUACAUAUUUUGCCAUUUGAGUUGGCUUAAUUAUUUUGAUGCUGCGCAGCAGCUUAACGUAACAUUUUGCCCCUUUGCUUCGACAUAUAAUUGAGCAGAAUUUGAUUCACUUAUGGAUCCCUGGAUUUUUCCGGAUUUGCUUGAUUCAAAAAGUUCCAUGUUAAAA